UCCUCGUAUAAAGUUGACUCCGCCCAUCCAACUCCCUCCAUGACCGUCACUCACCUGAGCUCCAAGACAAAGUCCUCUUCUCAACCCCCCACCAUCAUUCUUUCACAAGUACUCUUUCAAACCUCUCCAACCGAAACCCACCUCUCUUUCUGCGUCAAACGUAGCUCGUAGAUAUAUAUAUAUAUAUAUAUACACAUAUUGUGAAUCUGUGGUACGUCUUCUAGCUGAAACACACAGACCCCAUGGGCAACUACAUUUCAUGCAGUACUCUCUCCGGCGCACCAGGAGGAAAGCACUCCAGAGCCGCAAAAGUGAUCUUCCCGAGCGGCGAAAUCCAACUACUCCACGAACCCACUAAAGCAGCCGAGCUCAUGCUCGAAACGCCGAACUUCUUCCUCGUAAACUCGCAGUCUCUCCAUGUCGGGCGGAGGUUCUCUGCGCUCAGCGCCGACGAGGACCUGGAGAUGGCCAACGUUUACGUCAUGUUCCCCAUGAGGAGAGUGAGCUCCGUAGUGACGGCGGCUGACAUGGGUGCCUUGCUCCUCACCGCCAACACCACCACGACCAAGAACCGGAGGGUCCUACCGGAGUCUGGAGACGGUACUCCAAAGAUGUUGGAAGGGAAAACCGCCGAUGAUGAUUGGCAUCAUGAAAGCGAGGCAGCGGCGGCGGUGCCAAAGCUAAAUUUGGAUGAUAUUGAGGAGUUCUCGGCGCCGGAGUUUAUGCAUAGGCUGUCCAUGUGCCGGUCAAAGAAACCAGAGUUGGAGACCAUAAAAGAAGAGGCAGUUUUUUCAUAUUGAAUUACAUGAUUUUAUGUAAAGUGUCAUCAUGUGGAUAGUUGGAUCGAUAGCCAGAUAGGUGGAUAGUUUGGAAGGAUAUUUACAUCGGUGGAUCAUGUUCUAGCUUAUAAUUAAGUUAAAUCGCACAUAUUAACCAAAAGAUCAAAGACAAUUAAAUUGUAUGUGCUGGAACAUAAUUACUAGUUAAUUCAUACGGCAGGGAAAAAAAACUCCCUGUUUUCGUUUAGUAUAUAUGAUUGCAAUCAGAAAUUCUUUUUUCUUCUGACCGA